AUGGCGCCCAAGGAUAUUACCGAGAAGGAGACCCAGGUUCUCGCUAUGGCCUGGAAGUGCUUCAAGACCAACCCUGAGAUUGAUCUUGAGAAGCUUGCCAAGCUUACGGGAUACACCAAUCCCAAGAGCGUCAGUAACGUCCUUAGUAGUGUACGCAAGAAGAUCGCUGCUUCCACGGCCGAGGGUGACGACAAUGGCGAGAGUACUUCUACCCCCACCAAGGCUCCUGCCAAGCGAGCUCCCAAGGCUAAGCCCAAGACACCCCGCAAGAGAAAGGCUGGCGACACCACCGGCGACGAUAGUGACGCCGCCGCCCCCGCUAGUCCUCCUAAGCGAACCCGUGGCAAGAAGUCUACCGCUGCCAAAGCCUCCGUCAAGAACGAAGCCUCUGAGGCUAAGAAGCCAGUUGCUGCCAUGAAGGAAGAGGGGGGGGAGGAAGAAGAGGAUGAUGGUGAGGGUGUUGUCGACUAA